AUGAACGUAAUUGAUGACUACUUUGGAGAAGUCGUAAUACGUGAUAACAAAGCUGAGCAUAACCAACUUGGAGCACCAGGAGCUGUGGAAGUGUCGGUCCGAAGUCCAAUUGCCUGCUGGUUUAGUGCUAUGCUUUAUUGCUUUGGUGGUUCAGUUUUGUCUUCAUUGAUGCUUGCAGAACCUCCAGUAGCGUUUCUGGCAAAGGGGACAAAUGUCCUGCUGGCAUCUUCAGUCUGGUAUCUCGUGUUUUACUGCCCACAAGACAUGGUCUAUCGGUGCUUUGCGUUUCUUCCUCUUCGGCUUCUGGUUGCAGGAAUGAAAGAAGUGACUAGGACUUGGAAGAUAACGGCUGGCGUUGCACAUGCAGACAGUCACUUCAAAGAUGCCUGGCUUGUCAUGGUAGCUGUAGGCUGGGCCAGAGGAGCUGGUAGUGGCCUAAUUUCCAACUUUGAGCAGCUGGUGAGAGGAGUCUGGAAACCUGAAAACAAUGAACUACUGAAGAUGUCCUACCCUGUGAAGGUAACUUUGAUAGGAGCAGUUCUUUUCACCCUGCAACACAGCCAGUACUUGCCAAUAGCAAGACACAACCUUGUGUUUUUCUACACCGUAUUUCUUGUCAUCUCCAAGGUAACAAUGAUGUUGACAAGAUCUGCGACUUCUCCAUUUGCUCCCUUGGAGGCUGCAUUAGGCCGUAUGUUCUUUGGCUUGCAAAAGAUGCCAUCCAAAGUGAAGGGUGAAAGUGCUGCAUCUUCCAAUGGCGCUUCAGUCUGUGACCGAACUUCUGAACAGCACCGUGAUAGUGUUAAGAAAAGACAGGCAAAGAAAACAGAAUAAGUGGCUUA